AUGGAUGAAGAUGACGAGGAAGACUACAUGUCCGAUUUAUUUAUUAAUCUUAGACAGGAUGUGAGGCCGGGCUUGCCUAUGGUGAGGCGGAUGAGGGAAGCUAUUCAGAAAGAAGAAAAGCAAAAAGCUGCCAAUGAGAAGAACAGGCAAAAGAGUAUAAAAGAAGAAGAGAAAGAGAGGCGUGACUUGGUGUUGAAAAGUGCAUUGGGCAAUGAGAACAAAGGCUUUGCUUUGCUCCAGAAGAUGGGCUACAAGAGCGGCCAGGCCCUCGGCAGAAGCGGAGAAGGCAUUGUUGAACCUAUUCCUUUGAAUAUAAAAACAGGCAGAAGUGGGCUUGGUCACGAGGAAUUAAAAAAGCGAAAAGCUGAAGAAAAACUGGAAAACUAUAGGCAAAAACUCCAUAUGAAAAAACAAGCAAAUGAACAAGCUGCAGAUCAGUUCAGAGUAAGAUUCAAGAACAAACAAGAAGAACGUAAGAUGGAAGGUGACCUCCGAAAAAGCCAGAGGGCCUGCCAGCAGUUAGAUAGGCAAAAAGAUAUUGAUGUUCCCAAGGAGAUUUGGUAUUGGCUAGAACCUGAAGAAGAAGACAAAAAGGAUGAGGACGACAAGGAAGAUGAAUGCACAAGCUCAGACUUAAGUGUAUCAGAAAAGCUACGCCUUCUGACUGCCUAUUUGAGAGAAGAACAUUUCUACUGCAUUUGGUGUGGAACAACCUAUGAAGACCCUGAAGACUUAUCUUCAAACUGCCCUGGAGACAGUGCUGCAGAUCAUGACUGAAGUCCUUCUGAAGGAAGAAGUCCUGGAUAA